CUUCAUCAUUCCCCCACGACCAGCACAAUGUCCGACGACAAAGGAGCCAAACGGCAAUCACACCCUGCGGAUCCGCCGCCGGGCGCGACUGCUCCCCCGGAGCAUGUCGACAAACCCAAGAUCUACGAGGUCUUCGACGGCACAUCGACGGCAAACGGACUUCCGGAAGGCUAUGGGCAAAAUUCAGCGGGCAGAAGACCACAGAAUGUGAGCCUGACGGACGCUGCGAAGACGGUUAAAGUGGAGGAUUUCAAAAAUAUACAUACAUAUCCAUGCGUACGGGAGAGUCUCCUCACUAGCAUUGGCAGCGCCUUUGCAAUUGGUGGAACAAGGAUGCUAUUUGGCACGCCGAUUGUUAGAGCAUGCAACUGGACAGCGGGAACCUUCUGUUUGGUGGGGAUUGGCUCAUACGAAUUCUGUCUCCAGAAGAGGCGGUUGGAGAAGAUUAACAUGAAGAGGGCGGUGGAGAUUAUUGACCGCAAAAAGGCCCAGAAAGAGGCUGAAGCGGAGCAGAAGCGAAAAGAGAGGAGGAGGAAGAAGGAAGAGGAAGAUGCGGCUGUUGAGGCAAGGAAGAGGAGCAAUUGGAAAUUUUGGUGAUAGGAGGGUCUUGGACGGACAAAUGUAUAUAGUAAGUGUACAAUAUCUAUAUGGGGUUCGGUAGGCAUGUAUACACGAUCUUAGUGUUGGGAGAACAAAUUAGACGGCAUAAGCAAAAGCUAUUGAUUUUGUCUGUGGCAUCAACGGCAAUGACAGG